GAGCCCUGUGGAAAGAGUAUUGGUAGAGUGGACCUCUGCAUGGCUCCCAGUCCUGCGCUUGGUCUUCCCUGCACACUACUUGGGGCCCAACGUUGUGAAUGCCGUGGUGCGAGAUGCACUACACGCCAAGACGCGGCCGCUGAAGGUGGUCACUCUGUGCAAGAUGCUCGUGGACGCAUUCACAACCCACUCCACGAAGAGCCAGGGAUUUCCUUUGGGCGUGCUUGGUCCCUGGUCACCACAUGCUGGUGGUGGGCCAGCUCUUCUGGUGGCCAUCAUUGCUGCCCACCUGGACUAUCAAAAGCAUUGGGAUGUUUCUUUGGCAGCGCGGCUGGGCCCACCGAUCAUCUCCAUGCCUGUGACACCACAGCCAAACGCGAGUAUCUCCCUGCGCGUCGCUAGUACAGAGAGCAAGCCGCAAACGGCCAUAGCAUCUGCUUUAGACUUAAUCUGGGGUCUUGACGGUGGGGAGCCUGUCAUUGGACUGAUUGGUACCACCUAUUCCUCUGUCACGAUGCCCGUCGCCACAGUGGCUGCAGCACAGCAGAUUCCUCAAGUAUCCUACUCUGCUACAAGCACACAGUUGUCCAAUAAGGACUUGUACCCCUUCUUCCUUCGAACUGCCCCACCAGACAAGAUGACGUCGGUGGCCUUUUGGAGGUGGCUUUUGCAGUUCGACGUUCGAUUGGCAACCUGCUUGUAUACAACAGGUGCCUACGGGCAGGGCCUCUACGAUGCAGUCCGGGAGAUAGCACGGAUCAACGGGCAAGUAGACCGCGUGCAGGGCCAAGCACUCCGCUACAUGCCGCAGGUGUACGUCAAGGAAGAAGCACGCGCGGCUGUGAAAGCAGCGCGGCAGAUCGGCUCGCGCUUCAUCAUCCUCUCGCUGGAUUUCUCCAUGGCCCUUCCAACCUUAGAAAUUCUGGAGGAGGAGGGGAUGUUGGGCCCGGGUUGGCAGAUAUUGGGGGCAGACACCAUUUACGACGACGUUGUAACCUUGAGAAGGCCUGUCGGGAUCAUGGUGUUCCGAGCUCAGGGCGAAGGGCAGAAAUUUCCGGACUUCGUGCGGCUUUGGUCUAGGCUGCAGCCCCAGGAUAUCAUUGGGACAGAAGCCAGAGACCUUUACGGGCUGGACAAGAUGUCGGUGCCAAUGCGCGAUGUGGAUGUCUAUGCUCUCCUGAACGCGACCAGCGAUGAAGCUUCAGCAGGCAAUCGCCUCCACGCAUAUUUUGCAUUCUCCUUCGAUGCAUGCUAUGCUUUCAUUGUCGCCAUCAACAUGCUCCUGGCAGCCGGAACACCAGCCAGUGCGAUUCGGGGCCCUGUGCUCCUAGAAGAGCUGCGCCGGACGCAGUUCACUGGGGUUUCCGGUGAGGUUAGUUUUGAUGAGAAUGGUGAUCGCUUAGGUCCAUACGAGCUCUUGAACUUGCAGGUCGAUGGCCAAGGACAGCCCCAAUUCGUCGUUGCAGGCUUCUUCAGUGCUGCAACCCUGAAUUUUACAAUCCACAGAGAUCUGACGUGGAUGGAUGGCUCCAGCCAGAGCAUGCCUCCGACGAUUCUCUAUUCUUGUGAUGCCGGCUUCUACCAGGACGAGCUGUCCAACCAGUGCAAGCUAUGUCCAAAGGGCAAGAUGUGCUCAGGAGGGGUAAGUGCUUUGUCCAUCCAAUGUCCAAGGGGAACGUUUACAGAUGAGGUGGGCAUGACGAACUGUACCCCCUGUGCUCAAGGCACCUUUGCCCCCGACAGCGGCUCCGUAGGCUGCUUUCCUUGUCAACCCGGCUUUGUGGCAUCGGCCGAAGGGAUGGAGACUUGUAGCAUUUGUCCACGCGGCAGCUACAUGCCAUUCCAACAGGGCAUCGAGUGCCUGCUCUGUGGCAAACAGCAAACCACAGGUGCAAGCGGCGCUUCCGAUGAGUCGGCUUGCCACUGCCCCGAAGGCUUUUUCAUGUGUGGGGAAGAUGGAGAAGAUGGUUGUGUACCAUGUCCUGAGGGCCUCUACUGUCUGGCAGGCCUAGAUGCACCUCAACAGCAGAGAGGCUUUUGGACGCCUCAACCCUCCAGUUCCAGGCAGUGUCACUUUUCGGUCCUCCGCUGCCGGGACCAGUACGAAUGUCCGGGGGGACCUCUGGGCACUUGCGCAGAUGGCCGUGAGGGCCAAGCCUGCAACAAUUGCAAGGUCAGCCACUACGCCGACUUCUCCGAGGGCACGCAAGGAGGUCAGUGCCAGCCCUGUGCGCGAGCAGACUUGCUACCAGCAAUCUUCACGAUGGUCGUAACCCUGAUCCUGUUGUAUCAGCUCACCAAAUCAGGAAUCUAUUCGCUCAAAGUCAGCUUAAAUACGUUGACAGCAGCUGCAGUUGCUAGUCAGCUUGUCAUGGCUGUACAAACCUUGGCAGCCAUCCGGGAGCUAUCAAUCGACUGGCAGGAGCCUGCAAGGACCUUGAUGAAUCUUACCAGGCUUUUGACCUUCGAUUUACACUUAGUCCGAGCCACAUGCCUCUUUGUAGUGGACAGCCCAUCACUGCAUUUCGCUAGUCAGCUGUUGGCAUGCCCAGCACUUUGCGGCUUGCUUCUAUUGAGAUGGCUGAUGUGGAAGAUCCUUGGGUACCAUCAGCCCUUCAACAUUGUGCUGAACCAAUGUGGGCUUUUGGUUUUUGCCUUUUUCUUGAGCAUCACGCGCAGCACCCUGACUCCCUUCCAGUGUGUGUCCAAUCCAGAUGGCAGUAGCUCUAUGCUGACGCACCCAGGCAUCCUUUGUUUCCAGUCAGAAGAGCAUGCUGCCCUCUCCGGGCUUGCCGUGGCAGGGAUUCUGACACAGCCCGUGGCAGUUCUAGUGUGGGCGACCUAUGUCAUCAUCACAUACCCAUCGCGUGUGGCCAGUGGAAGAAUGCUUCGCUUCGUGAACAGAUAUCAUUUCCUAUUCCACCGGUUUAAGCCCGAGAGCUACUACUAUGGCUUGCUCCUUCUGUAUCGCAAUGGCCUGGUGGCUUUGCUGCCUAUCUUUCUCGUUGGAGCCAGAGAGUUCCAGUUGCCACUAAUGGGCGCUCUCUUGCUUGUCAUCGGCUUUCUGCAGGCACAUACCUUUCCAUGGCGCACUGUGCCGGCCAACUUGAUAGAGAUUUUUCUGAAUGGCUUCUUGAUUGUGCUUCUGCUGGCUGCCGCCCCUCUCUUGCUGAUAAACGUGGAAGGCUCAACUGCAUUGCUUGGUUGGUUGGUUUGUGUACCGCUGCUAGGUAUUUUUGUCGUGGUGCUGGUCGGCCUCGCGAGGGCAGCCCUCAAACACAUACGACGAACGAAGCUGUAUGGAAUUUUCCUUUGCCACCACAAGGGCGGCGGGGGCAGCCUGUGCCGAUUGAUGAAGAUCUUGAUUGCCGGUGAGAUUACGGCGGCGUGGAAGAACGGUAUCACCACCGUGCCUCUCUUUUGUGAUGGCUUCCAGCCGCUGUCCGACGAGGAGCUUAAACUCAUACCAGACUAUUGGACCGCUCAGCAGAAGCAAGCUCUUGCUAACUAUGGGGUGGAGCUUGGUGAUGUGCUGUCAGCAUAUGUGUGGGUGCAGCAUGAGCUAUCUUCAGUCGAAAUGCCUCGAUUCGGUUUGCUUGCAGACCGUGAUGAGGCGGUUGUGGACAUGCUGCGCUUGUGUGGCUUCAAUUCCUGGAAAGGGGAUUGCCUUCCUUCCAGCAAAGAGCCCCGGGCUCCUGAGAAAGCUCGGAUACUCAUCACAAGCUGCGUGGCGGAUGCAGAGGUCCUGUCUGCCUGUGAGGUCAUGCAGCUUCUGCUACAAGCUCACCUUCAUGUUGAGUGCGCUGUCGUGCAAGGGGUAGACCACCUGAUCCGUUGGAGACCAUGGGCCUAUUACCUCGUAGUUUUGCUGUUCAAAGGCAUCUUCCGUGAUCCGGAGUUUGCGAGGAUCCUCCUCAGUGCUUGUGCUCGGGGUGCUUCGUCACUCGAUCGGAGCUUGGAACUUGUGCCUGUCGUUGCUGACACAAACUUUGAGUUUUUAAGCCACCCAGGGUCGAAGAGAGAAAAUGCCGACGACCAGGGCACAGAGGGCACAGACCUGCUCCGUGCUGCCAUCAAGAACAUGUUCAACGUGUUGGCCUUGCCAUUUUCGCCUUUAGCAUCCGAAGGAAUGCAGCGGAGGCAAGUGAUAGAGAUUGCCGGACGCAUGCACAGGUACAAGGAGUGGUGUCUUCAACGCAACCUCAAGACCUUCAAAUCUAGAGGGUCUUUUUUUGGAUCUUUAGGAUUUCAGCAGUAA